AUUGGUUUGGAUUUCUUUUCUUCCGGCUUACCGCUUUUCAAACAAGACAAAAAAAUCUAACAUUCAUAUAUGGAAUCGACAAUUCAUGUCGGAUCUUAUCAAGACGUUGAUGUUCACGCCCCCGCAAAAACAUAUUACACAACUGGUAGUAACGCAGGUGGUUCCACCAGUCGAUUGAAAAAUUUCUAUGCAAGAAAAGAUAAAUAUGAAGACAGACCUCACAAAAGAAGAGCUUCUCAUGACGAUAAGAACAAGGCGCAAAAAUACCUAAUUGAUGUCAAAGAAACUCAACGAAUUCUGGUUGAACAAGAAGAUACAGAUGGUGAUUUUCAAAUCACCGUCAAUGAUUUAGGCCCUAAAUCGUUUUCUGUGGGUACGGCAGAUUCAGGCGGAUAUCGUAAAAUUGAAAUACGAGGUACCUAUAUGCUAUCAAACCUCCUUCAAGAAUUAGCAUUGGCAGAUGACCUUGGACGUAAACAUAUUGUUUUGGAUGAAGCACGGUUGAACGAAAAUCCAGUGGACAGGUUGUCUCGUAUGAUCAAGCAUAAUUUCUGGUCUGGAUUAACUCGUCGUAUCGAUGCCGAAGGCCUUGAGAUCAUUUGUGCUGAUCCCAAAAAUCGAUCGGCCAAUCAUAACCCCCGUAUCUAUAUUCCUUACAAUGAAGAUGCCAUGUUUGAAUACUACAAGGAAGCUGCUAGAACAAGACCACAUUUAAACUUGGAAGUGGAGAGAUUACCCAAAGAUAUUACACCAGAGUAUGUUAAAAGUAUUAAUGAUAGGCCUGGUAUUCUCGCGCUGGCAAUGGAAAAACAAUUUGAUGAAAUUACACAAAAGUAUAUAUGGCGUGGUGUUCCAUUUGUUGUACCUGGAGGCAGAUUUAAUGAAAUGUAUGGUUGGGAUUCCUACUUUGAAACGCUGGGAUUAUUGAUUGACGGUCGUACAAAACUUGCUCAAGGUAUGGUUGAUAACUUUGUUUAUCAAAUCAAGCACUACGGGAAAAUCUUGAAUGCAAACAGAUCCUAUUAUCUCUCCCGUUCGCAGCCCCCUUUCCUGACAGAUAUGGCAAUCAGAGUAUUCAAAAAACUGGACCAUUCAACUACUGCUCUCAAGUUGCAACAACUGUCUUGGUUAGCUAACGUGAUCCAAACAGCUAUUAAAGAAUACAACAAUGUCUGGAUGUCAGAACCUCGUUACGAUAAAAAAACCGGUCUUUCCCGAUUUAGACCCGAAGGUCUAGGCAUUCCUCCUGAGACUGAAGCAUCCCAUUUCGAUCAUGUGAUUGAACCUUUUGCCCUGAAAGCAGAGUUAAGUGUUAACGAGUACAUGCAACUUUAUAAUGACGGAACCAUCAAGGAGCCUAAACUGGAUGAAUAUUUCUUACACGAUCGUGCAGUACGUGAAUCAGGACACGACACCACUUACAGAUAUGAAAAAGUGUGUGCCAAUCUUGCUACCAUUGAUUUAAACUCCCUGCUCUACAAGUAUGAAACAGAUAUUGCGGAUAUAAUUGAAAACCUUUAUGACGGUGAGUUAUCCUUUACAGAAGAUGAUAAUUUGGUACGUCACACUGCAGAUGUAUGGAGAGAUAGAGCUAAGGUCCGAAAGGAAAAAAUCGAUAAAUAUCUUUGGAACGAAGAAAAGCAUCUUUAUUUUGAUUAUGAUACGGUAUUAGAAAAACAAACAGAUUAUGAAUCAGUAACCACGUUUUGGGCCAUGUGGGCAAAAUGUGCCAGUGAUAAACAAGCAGAAGAUAUGGUGGAACAUUCACUAUACAAGUUUGAAGUUCUUGGUGGUCUUGUAUCAGGAACUGAAAAGUCGAGAGGUAUAACUUCAUUGGAUCGACCUAAUCGUCAGUGGGACUUCCCCUUUGGUUGGGCACCUCACCAGAUUAUGGCAUGGCAAGGGUUUGAAAAUUACGGAAAGCAUGAGAUUGCCGAAAGAGUUUCUUAUCGCUGGUUAUAUACGAUUACAAAGUCGUUUGUAGAUUUUAAUGGUGUGGUGCCUGAGAAAUUUGAUAUUGUCGGCAUGACUCAUAAAGUGCAAGUGGAAUAUGGCAAUGUGGGUGUGGAUUUCAAAUAUGUUCCUAGAGAAGGAUUUGGAUGGAUGAAUGCUUCUUUCCAAAUUGGAUUAAAUCUGAUUAACAAAAAAAUGCGCCGUGCUUUGGGGGCUUGUACUAACCCGGACUUAUUUUUUGAAAAGACCCUUAAUAAUACUUCCAUCGAUCCCGAAGAAAUCGCGCGUCGCUUGGAACGUAGAAAGUCGGCAGAAGCUGCAGCAAGAACGAUUACUCGAAAUGGACAAAUUACUGCAGCCAUUACAUGCGUGGGCAAUUCAUCUACUGACAACAAUGAUUUGGAUUCUAACGGUAUUCCACGAAUGGUAUUUGUUGAAUUAACUGAACCACACAAACAGUGAUCUAUAUAAAAAUAGCAAUUUUUUUUUUAUAAAAAUAAACGCUAGAGUAUUUAAUAAUGCACAGCUUC